GUGGUGCCAGGCACAAACGUCGAUUGUUUUACAAAAGCACAUGCUGUUCUGUGAAAGCAAUACGUAGAUGAUGCCAUCAAUCUGGGCAUGAUCCAAAUUGUAAUGGUUGAGCUACAUGUCCGGUCUUAGAAAACAAACUCCGAGAAUAAUAUUGUCUGGUAUCCGGGUUUAAACAUAACUGUUGCCCAGAAAGUAAUGAGAUGCAAAAUAGCGGCCAAGAAUUUUGUGAAUAAAAAGAGGUACAUCUCGUGUCCGUCUCCAGAUCAUUCAUCCAUCGCAACUUGGCCUGUGAACACAACAAAACUGACUUGAAGAUCGUCAUCAUGGUUUUCAGUAAGAUUUCGUGUGUGAUGUUCUUUCUGGUCCUCGGUUUAGUAUCCGCGGAUGACUGUCCACCGUUCUGGACAGGCUACGGUAACCACUGCUACCGUUUCUUCGGUCCUCCCAAGACCUGGCAAUCGGCAGAGGAGCACUGCCAAGAGUUCUUCACUCGAAAUGGUCAGGGGCACCUGGCGUCCAUCCACAACUCCGAGGAGAACGACUUCUUGAUACAGAUGUGGAGUAGCUCUCUGGUACCAAACGAGAACCGUGUGGGAGAUUGCGUCUGGAUUGGGCACAACGACCAUGCGAACGAAGGAAGCUUCACCUGGAGUGACGGGACGGGCGUUGAUUACACCGGGUGGCGUACUAACGAACCAAACAACUAUGGUGGACGAGGCGAGGACUGCGGCUCUUUCUAUAGAACCACCGAGCAUGUUGGAUGGAAUGAUUACCGUUGCGAAGUGGCCUUACCAUACCUUUGCAAGAUGCCCUCAUUUUAUAUCAGAGAGGAGUAAAGGGGAAAACGACCGCUAUUCCCCGAUGGUAAAACAAUAACUAACCUGUUAUCCUGUCACCAGGAGAAUUCACUGACAAUGACGUUCACUGCAAAGACAAUAACCAACAAUUCACUUGGUCUUAGUGUGUCCCACGGAAACAUGCAAUCAUAUAACGACAGUCAUAGCUGACGAUUUCGGUUUAAUAAAAUUGGUCUUGUUUACAAACUUGCGAAACAGCAAUUUAAACCGGUACACCCACAUCGAAAACUGGAUGAGUGACUGCAUGAUGGUUUCGAGUGAUGAACGCUUUCUAAGCGCUCCUUCGAACCAUAGAUAGUCACCGCAUUUUGAAUAAAUGUAAUUGCAGUGAUGAUCAUGUUUUAACAACUAUUUGGAUCGCAUCCGUAUACACUGGAUUUUUGUGUACUCUAUUAUUAACCUUCCUGACUCUUCGGAUCAGAUACAGUGACAAAAACGACUUAAAAUACUUUCGAGAGCCUCAGAUUUAUUUACACUGCAAGUUCAUUUCUUAAUAAUUUCCAAUUGCUUUUGUAUCUUUCAUGUGAAUUGGCUUUUGAAAACUGCAUAGCUAUAACUUUGCUCGAUAUUAAAGACGGUUUGAUAAGAAAAACAAAAAUAUAUAAGCAACGCAUGUAUAAAUGUAGGCCUAUAGCUUGCCAUGCAUAAUGAACAAAGUUAUAGCUUGCCGCAGUAUGUAAUACUGAAUAUAAUGCAUAAUAUAGUGAUAGUAGUACUCUGUAUAAAAUUGAUUGUUCCAUUUGAUACAUGGGUAGACAGAGGGGUCUCAAAAAACUUUUUUUUCUGAAAUGGAGAGGACUUAUUUCAGCUGUCCCUCGGACGUGGAAACAAACUCUGACGAGAGGUUUUAACAGGGAGAUAUGCACUGCUCAAGGUUUCUCUGAGCUAGCUAAUGGAACAAACCCCACCGUCAAUAGGGCAAGUCUUUCCACAAAACAAAUUUGUAAGAUCUUUAAUUCCAGGAUAUUUGUACCCCCAACUGCUCAAACCAAAUUUAACCUGGAGUUUGAUGUUAUGAAAGAUGAAAGGAAAAAUAUUUAUUCCCUGCCUUAUCUUUGCAGUAAAGAAGUCAGUACGAGAAUUCUUCAAUACAAAAUUAAUAUGGAUUGUUUAAUGACUAAUGUUAGACUACAUAAAAUGGAAAUUAUCAAUAGUGACGCUUGCUCGUUUUGCUCAAAAUUUCCAGAGACAAUGAAACACCUGUUUUUUGAUUGUGAAUUUAUACAGCCCAUUUGGACUGAGUUUGAAGCCUGGUGGAAAGGCCUGUCAAACGAAGAUGUUAAUUUAAGUUAUAAAUCCAUUCAUUUUUGGCACAACUCCCGACAAUCAGACUUAUUAUUAAAUCUGUGCAUUUUGUUGACUAAGAAGAUUAUCUUUAAAGGUAGAUUUAAGAAAUAAAUACCAAAUUUCAAUUCCCUUAUUUAUCUGGUGAAAUACAAUCACCAUACUAGAAAAAAAAAAUUGCUUCUAAUUUAAAUACAAUGUAUAAAUUUACCACAAAAUGGAGGUUUACGGUUUAAUAUUGUAGCUUGGUAUUGUCCCGCUUUCUUUGUCUUUGUAGUUUUUUUUGUAAUUUGUUUACUUGUGAGUACUAUAAAUGUGAAAUAAAAAAAGUGCUUGCACUUAUACAAAAAAAUACUCUGUAUAAAGGCCUGCAUUAAAAAGAAUCAAGUUAUUAAAUAUGUAAUAUCUUUGACCUUCAACAAAUCGUAUACUUAUUGGUCCUACAAGAGACAUGUAUUGGCAAAGUCGCUUGGAGAGCCCCCCCCCCCGUAAACAGUGUUCACAGUUUUCACAAGAGUAAGACACUUUAAUAUUGCGUGAGUUUUAUUCCAAUUUUCAAAACGUCGGCACCAGCAGACCUGCUUGUAUCAAAACGUACACAAAAGAAUGUUUGCACAAUAGGCUAUUAUAUAGUAUACUUAUAUUGUAACCAGAUUUUUAAAAUAAUAUAACAUCCGUAAGCUUUAAUUAUUGUAAUCAGUAUUCUUGGCAGUAUCACCAGUUUUCUAAAGGGGUGAAUAUUGUAAUUAAAACACCAAGGCGGCAAACGCCUGCAAACGUUUCUUUUAAAAAAAUGCAAUCCCCACAGCAGAAAGAAACGUAAUAGUGCAUGAGGAAUACAUUUUGAUUUGAUCUAGAUACGAAUUUGAUUUAAAUGUUCCUGCUGCCAAGACAACUCAUAGCACUAAAUUUGAUUGUGAAUUAAAAAAAACCUCAUAAAUUCUGUGUUAGUCUUGUUAAUGUAUACUGAAAAUAUAUUGAUUAUAUAGCACUUCAUCUUUUUUGAUUUGGUGGUAUAGCUCAUAUAUAUUACAUAGACAAUUAUUACUUACAAAACAAUGUUUUGAGACUAAAAACAGAGCAAAGUACAGAGGGUGUUCAAUAAAUGCUGAGCAGUGCUAACAGUAUCAAUGGAA